AUGUAUCAGAGCCUGGCCAUGGCCGCGAACCACGGCCCCCCAGCCUACGAGGGGGCCGGGGGGUUCAUGCACGGCGGGGCGGCCGCCUCCCCCGUCUACGUGCCCACCACCCGGGUCACCUCCAUGCUCCCCAGCCUGCCCUACCUCCAGAGCGGCGGCUCCUCCCAGCAGGCCAGCCCGGCCUCCAGCCACUCCAUCUGGACGCAGCCCGGCGCCGAGCCCGCCGCCUACAACCCGGGCGCCUCCCACCCGCCCGUCUCGCCCCGCUUCUCCUUCUCGCCCGGCGCCACCCGGGAGGCCGCCCCGUACAGCAGCCCGCUGAGCCGGGAGCAGUACGGCCGGGGCUUCGGGGGCUCCUACUCCGGCCCCUACCCCGCCUACGUGAGCCCGGAGAUGGGCACCACGUGGAGCGCCUCGCCCUUCGACAGCCCCAUGCUGCACAACCUGCCCGGCCGGGGCGCUGCUGGAGCCGCCCGCCACGCCAACCUCGCAGAGUUCUUUGACGACUACUCCGAGGGGCGAGAAUGCGUCAACUGUGGAGCUAUGUCCACCCCACUCUGGAGGAGAGACGGCACGGGCCACUACCUGUGCAACGCAUGCGGGCUCUACCACAAGAUGAACGGCAUCAACCGACCACUGAUCAAACCCCAGAGGCGGCUGUCCGCCUCCCGCCGCGUUGGGCUCUCUUGUGCCAACUGUCAUACGACCACGACCACGCUAUGGCGCAGAAACGCUGAAGGCGAGCCAGUCUGCAACGCCUGUGGACUGUACAUGAAACUCCACGGGGUCCCAAGGCCUUUAGCAAUGAGAAAAGAGGGGAUUCAAACGAGGAAACGUAAGCCGAAGAACCUUAACAAAUCCAAGACACCAGCAGGACCAUCCAGUAGUGAGAGUCUUACCCCCACCACCAGUUCCACCAGUAACACCAACACCACCGCCAACACCGAGGAAAUGCGCCCCAUAAAGACAGAACCAGGGCUUUCAUCUCAUUAUGGGCACCCAAGCCCUAUUUCUCAGGCAUUCUCAGUCACCGCGAUGUCUGGGCACGGAUCUUCUAUUCACCCUGCUAUUUCAGCCCUGAAGCUUUCCCCACAGGGCUACCAAUCAGCCAUCAGCCAACCUCCACAGGCCAGCUCCAAACAGGACUCCUGGAAUAGCCUGGUCUUAGCCGAAAGCCAUGGAGACAUCAUAACUGCGUAA